UCCUUUUUCAAAAUUUGAAGAGUUAGGGUUUUGGUGAAAUGGGGGGUUUUUCACGGAAUUUGAUGAUACUGAUAGAGUGCAUAAGAUCUCCCAAUACGUAGUGGGUGGCCAAUAAAGUGGACAAAUCGUCUGAUUGAAGCGGUUUCUCGGUCCUCUAUAUGUACGGUAGAAAUGGAGGCUAUACUUACGGAUUGUAUACGGAACAGCCUACAGCAGCUGAUGUACCGUAAUGCCAUUUUCAUGUGCGAGCGCCUCUGCGCUGAGUUCCCUUCUGAGAAAAACAUGCAGCUGCUUGCUAGCUGUUACUUGCAAAACAAUCAGGCACACUGUGCUUACCACAUUUUAAAGGGGACACAUAUGCCUCAGUGCCGCUACUUGUUUGCACUGUCAUGCUUUCAGAUGGAUCUAAUGAAUGAAGCAGAAGCAGCAUUAUCCCCUAAUGAGUCUUCAGAGGUUCCAAAUGGAGCUGCUGGGCAUUAUCUUCUUGGACUUGUAUACAGGUAUACGGACAGAAGGCAGAGUGCUAUUAAUCACUUUAAUCAAGCUUUAUCACUGGAUCCAUUAUUAUGGGCUGCUUAUGAGGAACUUUGUAUAUUAGGUGCUGCUGAAGAAGCAACUUCAGUCUUUGAUGAAGGGGCUUCUCUGUGUAUUCAAAAGCAAUACAUGCACCAUGGAUUGGCUUCCCAGAGUUUGCAUGCACCUAGUGAGGAGCAUGAUGUUGCUUCUACUAGGAAUUUAAGCUCAGAAGAUGUUAGCCCCAGGAAAUUGAAGCACAUACAUGGAAAUAACCUACGGGAUAUAAACGGGACAACUUCCAAUCAGUCUAUGAAUGGUGCUCCCACUAGUUUGCCAUUUUAUAAUACUCCUUCACCAAUGGCUGCACAGUCACAGUUUUCAGGUGUUGCUCCACCACCUGUAUGUAGAAAUGCACAACAAAAUGGUCCAAGCAUGAGAACAUAUGGAGCAGAUAACUCUCCACGAGUAACAGUGAACUCUGCUGUUGCAGGCCCUAGAAGAAAAUUUGUUGAUGAGGGAAAAUUAAGAAAGGUAUCUGAGAGGUUAUUUUCUGAUUCCGGCCAGCGACGGAGCAUGAGACUUGCUGGAGAGUCCGUCAGCACAAAUUCAAAUGCGUCGGUAGUUUCUGGGAAUGGAAUUAGCCACUCCUCCAAGUAUCUUGGAGCUUCUAAGUCAAGCUCUUUGGCGUCACGUUCUUUGACAAUUCGAAAGGGUCAGUCAUGGGCAAGUGAGACUGCAGAUGAAGGAAUUCAUCAUGAUGCGUACGAUGAUUCUAGAUUAAACAUCACUUCGUCGAGCUUGUCCCCCGGCGUUGAUAAUAGGUCUCUUGAACCAGAAGGAGCAACCAGGUCUUCGAGUGCAGCUGUUUUGAGCAGCUCGAGAGUCAUUGAUGGUGCUUCCGAUAUACUGAGUCUUUUAAGGCUUCUUGGUGAAAGCUUUAGACUUUCCUGCCUUUGCAGAUGUCAGGAUGCGCUAGAUAUCUACACCAAACUUCCACAAAAGCAUUAUAAUACUGGAUGGGUCCUCUCUCAGGUUGGAAAAGCAUACUUUGAAAUGGUUGAUUAUCUUGAAGCUGAUCGUGCCUUCAGUCUAGCACGUACUGCCUCUCCGUACAGUCUGGAGGGAAUGGAUAUAUACUCUACAGUUUUAUACCAUUUGAAGGAAGAUAUGAAGUUGAGUUACCUGGCUCAGGAGCUGAUAUCCACUGACCGUUUAGCUCCUCAAUCAUGGUGUGCUAUGGGAAAUUGCUAUAGCUUACAGAAAGACCAUGAAUCUGCUCUUAAAAAUUUCCAGCGAGCUGUGCAAUUAAAUUCAAGAUUUGCAUAUGCCCACACCUUGUGUGGCCAUGAAUACGUGGCCUUGGAGGAUUUUGAAAAUGGUAUAAAGAGCUACCAGAGUGCCCUUCGUAUAGAUACCAGACACUAUAAUGCCUGGUAUGGGCUUGGAAUGAUAUAUCUCAGACAAGAGAAAUUUGAAUUCUCAGAGCAUCAUUUCCGGAUGGCUUUCCAAAUCAAUCCGCUUUCCUCUGUUAUAAUGUCCUAUCUUGGGACUGCUUUGCAUGCAUUGAAGAGAAAUAAUGAAGCACUGGAGAUGAUGGAAAGAGCUGUUUUAGCCGAUAAGAAGAACCCUCUCCCUCUGUACCAGAAGGCUAACAUCCUUGUGAGCGUGGGAAAUCUUGAUGGGGCCUUGGCAGUUCUUGAGGAGCUGAAAGAGUAUGCCCCAUGUGAGAGUAGUGUUUAUGCAUUAAUGGGUAGCAUUUACAAGCGGCAAAACAUGUAUGAUAAAGCCAUGCUUCAUUUUGGACUAGCAUUGGAUUUGAAGCCAUCGGCAACUGAUGUCGCUGCUAUUAAGGCUGCCAUUGAAAAGUUGCAUGUACCGGAUGAGAUAGAGGACAGUUUGUGAAUCCAUUUGUUAAAUUGUUGCUGAAGCUAGGGAUGGUUUGAGUCACAUGGCACAUGAUGAUCCUCUACAAUUGCACCACCUUGUGCUGUCGGCUGGAUGCUAUUCUGCCCUUCUUGCAUAUAGAAUCUGUUGGUAUCUGCUUCCAAUUGGCAGGACAAGCAAGAGCGCCGUUCCACAGAGGUUUCGCUUUGUAUACAAGAAAAGCCUACACCUCUGUCAAAGUUGUAUAUGCAUGUGCCAACAAACCACUAUGCCGACUGCAAAAGUAAGAUGCCUCAACACCCAAGUGGAAUUCUUCAUACACCUCUCAGAAUCUUAGCUCAUUAUGAUCCAUGUAUUUAGGCAUGUAAGCUGAACUGCAAUUAGUAUUCUUUUCCUCAGUUAUUGAAUUUCAGAUUGUGAUCUAUGUCAUGUAUCUUAUCUAAUUUAUUCCAACCAUUUUGCGUCU